AUGCCGCUGCUGCUGCGGGGCAAGUACAACGACUGCCUGGGCCUGGGGCCCCCGCUGUCGGGCGUGGUGUCGCCCGCGCGGGCCUCGGGGUGCAGCCUGGUGUGCAAGGGCCGGGACGGCCGCGUGCCGGGGCUGCGCUUCCGCCUGGUCCGCGCGGGGAUCCCCUUCGAGCCCGACCUGGCGGCGCAGGCGAGCCCGGAGCCGCCGCUGCUGGAGCCGGAGGAUCUGGCGCGCCGGAGCCUGCAGGACCAGGAGUGCAUCCUGCUGGACGACCUCCUCUUCUGCCUGCAGGGAGUGGAAGGCAGCUACAUCCGGCGCGGGGCUUCCGGCAACUUCGAGACGGCGCCCGCGGGCGCGGACCCCUCGACGGCCCAGUUCCUGGCGCAGCUGCUGCCGUUGUGCGACCACCAUGCCUUUGUGGAGGCCUUUGUGGAGCAGCACAGUCGCCACGAGUUCGGCGCGGUGAACCACGCCCUGUGCGCGGCCCUGCGGCAGCUGCUCAACGAGUUCGCCUCCAAGGUGGCGCAGUUGGAGGCCUUGUUGUCCAAGGGCCAGCUGAGCCUGGCGGAGCUCUGGUACCACUCCCAGCCCUCGAUGGACACCUUCGCGCUGCUGGUCCGCGUUUGCGCGCACGUGCAGGGGCUCAUUGGGGGCGCCGUCUUGAACGGCAUCGAAGAGGUGAUGCUAAAGACCAGCGUCACCACUGCGCAGUCCCUCUGCGAGUUCUUGCUGCAGGAGGCCUGCCGUCCCUACUUCGAGAUGAUGUCGCUCUGGGUCUACGAGGGUCGUCUGCAAGACCCCUACGGGGAGUUCUUCGUUUCGGAGAACCCGCGGGUGCGCGAUGAGCGCACAGGUCCAGCCGCAGACUUCUGGCAGAAGCAUUUCACCCUGGAUGAGCGGGCAGUGCCCCAAUUCCUCGUCUCCAGCCGGGAGCGGAUCCUGCACGCGGGGAAGUACCUGCACGUGUUCUUCUCUGCCGCCCCGGCCGGGCGAGCGGGGGCCAGCCUGCCGGAGCCCUUGGGGGGCCGGGUUCCCUUCCGCUACAGCCGCCGGCGCGGGGACUUCGCCUCGGCGGUGGACGCGGCGUACCGCCGCGCGGCCAAGGCGCUGCUGGAGCUCUUCAUGCGGAGCCACGCGGAGGGCGGCCUCGACCUGCCUGGGCGGCUGAAGUCGCUGCGGAGCUUCUUCUUCCUCAGCAAGGCGGAUUGGUUCGGCCAUUUCCUGGACACCGCGGAGUUGGAGCGGCCCGCCGAGGAGGUGCCCCUGGCGCGGCUGGACUCCCUGCUGGACCUGGCGGUGAGGGCCUCCUCCAUGGCCACGGACCCCUUCCGCGAGGACAUCUCCUGCGGUCUGCACUCCUUCCGCGUGGAGGACGCGUGCCACCGCAUCAAGGGGGACACCGACAAGGAGGACGCGGCCGCCUCGACGGCGGGGACGGCUGGUUCCGCGGCGCCGCUGCCGGCGCCGCUGGGGGCGGCUGGGGAGGGCUCCGGGGUGCGGUCGCUGACGCUGAAGUACCGCACCGCCUGGCCUCUGUCCAUCUUGUUCUCGCGCACCAGCCUGCUGAAGUACCAGGUGAUCUUCCGGCACCUGCUGUACUGUCGCUACGUGGAGCGGAAGCUGGUGGAGGUCUGGGUGGAUCACCAGUACACCAAGGAGCUGGGCCUCGACUCCAGCUUCAGCCCGUACUACUCCUUGCGCCAGCGCAUGCUCCACUUCUGCAGGGAUUACAUCUACUAUGCCACUGUAGAGGUGCUUGAGCCGCAGAGCCACCAGUUCCUGGCGUCGCUGCACGAGGCGGAGACCAUCGACGACGUGCUGAAGCGCCACGAGGCGUUUCUGGAGACCUGCCUCCGGGAGGUGCUGCUCACGGAGAGGGACAACCUCUACCGCCACCUCUCCAAGGUGCUGCAGACCUGCCUCACCUUCGCCCAGAACCUCCGGAAGUUCUCGGGCAUCGGCGGAGAGGCGGGCGUCGGCGCUGAGGAGGCGGAGGGCACGCCGGCGGAGCGGCGCCUCAGCCGGGUGAGGCACUCCACGCAGAAAUACCUGGCGCUGCUGUCGCAGCGGCACUACUCCAAGAUGAUGGCCAAGUGGAAGACCAUCUUCGAGAGCCAGCUGCAAGCCUUCCUCCGCCAGAUUCAGCAAGAAUCCAAGGCCCGGUACGAGCACUUCUUGAGUAAUUUGGCCACGCGGCUGGAUUACAACGAGUACUACUCCACCGUUCUGUCAGUGUUGCUGAACAAUCUGGUUUCCAAGACGCUGCGCCGCUCGCUGCUGUCGGGCGACAUUGCCUAUGAGGUGCAGAAGAGUUCCAAAGGCUUCGAGGCCGAGGUGCGCGUGCACGGCCUGGAAGAGGCAGAGCCGCUGACCUUCGUAGGCUUCGGGCACAGCGAGUGGGCGGCUGAAGCCGCGGCGGCGGGGGCGGCGCUGGCCGCGCUGCCGCCGGCCCCGGAGAUCGAGCCCCGGUACCCCAAGCCCCAGGACGCCGCGGUCUGGGUGGCCGAGAAGCUGGCGGAAGAUGGGAAGGUGGAGUUGGACUCCACGAUGGCCGACGUGCUGCCCACUUUGGCGUCCCUGCCGCUAGAGCUUCACGCCAAGGCGUCCUUCGUGUUGGAGGAGGAUCCCUGCCGGGUCGCCAUAGAACAAGGAGAUGAAGAGACUCCGCAGGAAGAGGAGGUGAGGACCAUCCUGGUGAGCCGCGCCACUGAGGGCGGCAAGCUGGCCGCCUCGAUGCGUGCCCGGCUGCUGGGGGAGGAGGGCGGCCGGGUCUUCGGCGGCUUGGAGCUGAAGAUGGCCGGCAAGAGCGCGUGCCGCGAGGCCGCCAUCGCCACCAAGAUCCUGCAGCGGUUCUUCCCGGAGGACUUUGGCAUCCGCUUCCGCGCGGAGUUCCAGGACUUCGAGGGCUACCGGGCGCGGGGGCUGGUGCUGCGCGUGGAGAAGCGGAGAGAGAAAAGGUCGGCGCGGAACGAGUGGAAGGCGUGGGAAGGACAUGUGGGGCAGACCGUCACGGUGUCUGGAUGGGUGCAGAUGAGUCGGGACAUGAACCACUUCGCCUUCGUGGAUCUGCGAGACAGAUAUGGAAUCACGCAGGUGGUCUUCCCCAAAGAUGGCGCUGACGCGGCGGGCCUGGAGAGGUACCAGCUCGCCCGCGGCAUCGGACGGGAGUUCGUGGUCAAGGUCACCGGCAAGGUGGUGGAGCGGGUGGCGAAGAACAAGGAUCGCCCGACCGGGGAGGUGGAGAUCGUCGCGGACUCCCUGGAUGUCUUGAAUCCCAGCGUCACUCCGCCGUUCAAGAUAGAAGAUGUGACGGAUGCGAACGAGGAUACCCGCAUGCGGUACCGCUACCUCGACAUCCGGCGGAAUCCCAUCAAGGAGGCCUUGCUGCUCCGGAACAAGGUCACGCGGCUGGUGCGGGAGUAUCUUGGAGACCGAGAUUUCUGCGAGAUCGAGACGCCGGUGCUCAUCAAGUCGACCCCCGAGGGAGCCCGGGACUUUGUGGUGCCCUCGCGCAUGAACCCCGGGCAGUUCUAUGCCUUGCCCCAGUCCCCGCAGACCUUCAAGCAGCUGCUGAUGGUGGGCGGAAUCGAUCGCUACUUCCAGAUCGUCAAGUGCUUCCGGGAUGAGGAGCUUCGGGCCGAUCGGCAGCCGGAGUUCACCCAGAUCGAUUGCGAGAUGUCGUUCGUGUGCCAGGACGACAUCCUGAAACUCUUCGAGGGCAUGAUCCGCCACGUGUUCAAAAGCCACGAGUUCCCGGCCUUCCAGCGCAUGGAGUAUAGCGAGGCGAUGGACCGCUUCGGCAUCGACAAGCCGGACCUGAGAUAUGACAUGGAGCUCGUGGAGUUGACGGAGGUGUCCAAAGGCAAGAACUUCAAGAUGUUCGACGAUGCCGAGUACGUGGUUGCAAUGUGCUGCAAGGGCGCCGGCGCAUGGUCCACCAAGAAGGUGAAGGAGUUGGAGAAGAAGGCCACUGGCCAGGAAGUAGGCGCGUCCGCGCUGGUGUGGCUGAAGAUCAACCCGGACGGUUCCUACGACUGCUCCGCCAAGAAAUUCUUUACGGAUGAGGACUACGUGAAGUGGGUGGAGAAGGCCAACGCGAAGCCCGGGGGGUGUGGCCCGGGAGACCUGCUGCUGAUCAUCGCAGGCCCGAAGCUGAAGACGCAAGAAUCCAUGGGCAAGUUCCGGCACAUCAUGGGCACCGAGCUAGGCCUUCGCUCCGAGGGCUUCCGGGCGCUCUGGGUGGUGAACUUCCCCAUGCUGGAGUGGGAUGAGGACGAGGAGCGCUUUUGCGCCAAGCACCAUCCCUUCACCUCGCCUUGGACUGAGGAUAUCGAGAAGAUGGUGAGCCUGGAUCACAAGGAUCAGAAGCUCCUGGAGGUGCGAGCCAACGCCUAUGACAUGGUCAUCAAUGGCGUGGAGGUGGGUGGCGGCUCCGUGAGGAUCCACGACCGGCCGCUCCAAGAGAAGGUCUUUGAGGUGCUGGGCUUCACCAAAGAGGAGGCUUUGGCGCAGUUCGGGUUUUUGAUGGGGGCCUUCGAGUACGGGGCCCCGCCCCACGCGGGGCUUGCCUUCGGCCUGGACCGGCUCUGCACCAUCAUCGGCGGGAAGACGACGAUCCGGGACUUUAUCGCCUUCCCAAAAAACAAUAUGGGUCGUGACACCAUGAUCAACACGCCGGCCGCCAUCACGCCGGCGCAGCUAGCGGAGUUGAGCAUCAACACCACCGUGGACGAGGAGGGAAAGCCCAAAGCAGCUGGCUAUCCUUCCUGA